ACUGAUCAAUAGUUGUCGGAAAUCAGUCAGAAUGAAAUCAAUUAUAUUAAUUGUUGCUUUCGUUGUUUACGCAGUUGCUGACGACAAUGCAACGCAAGAAGCUGUCGUUGUGCCUUCAGUUAACUACACGAGAUCCCCCAUGAGAAUUGUUGGCGGUUCGCCAGCUUUAAGUCAUCAAUUUCCAUGGCAAGCUUCUGUCACUUCGUGUUCUGGUCGAACAUGUUCUCUUUGUGGAGGAUCUCUAAUCACGAGAAAGCAUGUUUUGACAGCAGCACAUUGCACACGAGGUUUGUCGAGUUUCACAAUUGGCUUGGGUUCGAACAGGAGAAAUCAACCUGCUGUUAGUGUAGUAGCAAAAAGCAAAAAGGAACAUCCAAAUUAUAAUCCACAAUCUUUGGCGAAUGAUGUUUCGAUCAUUACAUUGUUAACAAGCGUUAAUUUGAACAAUCAAGUGAAGCUGAUUGCUUUGGCUACAAGCGGAAUUGGAACAUUGGCUAAUCACGAGGCUUUUGUUUCGGGUUAUGGAAAGACCUCAGAUUCUUCUGGACCAUCAAUUACUUUGAAUUAUCUCACGAUGAAAAUAAUUGACAAUUAUUCGUGCUCAAGAGUUUAUGGUCCUCAAGUUCAAUCUUCGACACUUUGUGCUGUCGGAAAAGCUUCUGUCAAUAAAAAUGUGUGCAGCGGAGAUUCAGGAGGUCCAUUGGUAAUCAAGCAAAAUGGAAAUUAUGUGCAAGUUGGGGUUGUAUCGUAUGUCGCAGCAGUUGGAUGUAGUGCAGGAUACCCAUCAGGAUAUGCAAGAGUUAGUUCGUUCCGUACUUGGAUCGAUCAGAAUACGAAUUGAUUUGAUUUUGUCGAAUAAAGUAAACUAAAGUGUUCAGUUGUC